CUGUCUUAUCGUCACAAGGCCCUUGUCUUCUAGGAAAGAGACUCUUCAGAGAUGGUCGUACAAAGUGUGCCAGUCAGUUUACCUGAUUUUAACAGAAGGCUCUUGCAGCAGUACCUGUACCUGUUGAAGCAGUACCCGAUCAUUACAAAGUCUGUGACAAGUGGCAUCCUGUCCGCCCUAGGUAACCUGUUUUCACAAGGCCUCGAAAGGAGAAAAAGAGCCAAAAAUGGUGAUCCGGUGAAGGAAAUUGAUCAUGUUGGAAUGUUACAUUAUGCCAUCUAUGGGCUGUUUAUAACGGGUCCGGUCAGCCACUUCUUUUACCAGGCCUUAGAGGUCCUACUGCCCCCGUCUUUACCCUUAUGCGUGAUCAAGAGGCUCCUGCUUGACCGCCUCGUAUUUGCUCCAGCAUUACUGCUGAUUUUCUUCACUGUCAUGACCGCUUUGGAGGGAAAGACAAGCCAGGACCUGAUGGUGAAACUGUCCAAAAGCUACUGGUCUGCUCUGAAGAUGAACUGGAGGAUUUGGACUCCAUUCCAGUUUAUUAAUGUCAACUUUGUACCUGUGCAGUUCAGGGUGCUUUUUGCCAAUGCAGUGGCAUUCUUUUGGUAUGCUUACCUGGCAUCAAUUAGAAAGUGAGCAUGCAGCCUUUCCCCCACUUGGACCUCCACACUUUUGAAAGAGCUCCUUCAACACAGUGAAGACAACAGGAAGCAGUUCAUCGUGCUGUAGCCUACGAGUCUAAUAAACACAAUAAUGAAGUCAUUCAAGAAGAAAAAACAUCUGCAGGCUGAACGUGGAAUGUGAAUUGUCUUCAUAACAGUAAUGUAGGCAAUCAUUUCAUGGAAUUAUUAUUAUAUCUUUUUUGUUGCUUCAUAUAGCCUAAUAUUGUUCUGUAUUGUUCUGAUUUUGUCUGUGAAUAAAUGUGACCAUCAAUGUUCUUUUUAAGCUCAAAAUAAAUGUGAAACUAGAAAGUG